AAAACGUGGAGGAUCCGGCUAAGCAGCGGGAAGGCAUCCUUAAGGAAAUCGCAAUUAUGCGGCUGCUGUGUGACCAUCCGAAUACCAUUAAGCUGUAUGAGGUUUUUGAGGACAAGGAGAGCUAUCAUCUCAUUUUGGAGCUGUGCAGCGGCGGAGAGCUAUUCGACCAAAUUAUCGCGAAGGGGCAUUUCAGCGAAAAGGAUGCCGCGGAGAAAAUGCACUGCCUCUUGGACUUCAUAGCAUAUGCACACUCCAAGAACAUUAUCCACAGAGACCUAAAGCCGGAAAAUAUUCUGCUGUCAGACAAGACGCCGCACGCCGUUCUCAAAGUUAUAGACUUCGGCACCAGCGACUUCUGCCUUGAUGGGCAACGUCUUAGCCAGAAGUUUGGGACGCCGUACUACGUGGCUCCCGAGGUCCUGAAAAAAGAUUACGAUAAGUCGGCCGACAUAUGGAGCGCAGGCGUAAUUAUGUUCAUCCUCCUAUGUGGUUACCCCCCUUUCGGUGGCAAGACGGAUGCCAAAAUCCUCCAGCGCGUGCAAGCAGGGCAGUUUUCUUUUGACGGGAAGGAGUGGGAGGUUGUAACGGAAGCAGCGAAGGACAUGAUUUCCCAGAUGCUGGUCAUGGACAUCACGAAGCGCGCCACUGCCAAGCAGCUUUUGCAGCACCGCUGGUUCCAGGUGGCAGCCACGGCGCCGGCGGCGGCCUUGGGAGCUCACAUGGUCAAACGCCUGCGGGCUUUCGCUGGCAUGAGCAGGAUGAAGCGCCUUGCGCUUGUGGUUCUGGCCAGAACGCUGACGGACAACGAUGUCAAACGGCUCAGGGAGCUCUUCGUGGCCAUGGACACAAACAACGACGGGCGAAUCGACAGCCAGGACCUGCACAAAGCGCUGGAAAAGGUGGGCGCUGCCAUCGACGAAAGCGAGAUGCAGGACUUGUUCCAUGCAUCGGACAUCGACGGCAGCGGCCAAAUCGACUAUGAGGAGUUCAUCGCGGCCAUGCUGGACUCGAAUCGCGUUGCACGGCGCAAAGAGGCUGUCCGCAAGUCCUUUGAGGAGCUCGACAAGGAUGGUGAUGGGUUCAUUACGGCAGAGGACCUUGUGAAGGUCAUGCCGCGCGGCUCCUCUAUCGAGUUGGCGCGAGAGAUGGUGAACGAAGUGGACAAGAAUAACGACGGGCGUGUCGACUACGCAGAGGUACGGGUCUGCUGUUGUGUAGUGUCAUGUGGGUUUUAA